AUGUCCCUAACAGAUUCUUGCAUUUUCAAGUCACGGACAUCAGUCCGAAUGACAUUAGGCUCCCAAGGACAUGUGGCUAUAUCUUUUCAGAAGAGGCUGAGAGGAAUUCGCCUCUCAACAUGCGCCCAUUUCUUCUUUGGCUAUUAUCUCCCCCCCCCCAAAUCUCCACUCACAGCAAGAUAUCUCGUUAUUGCAUCCGAUGACAAAAUGGAAAUCGAGUUUCGAUCCUCACAUUGUGAGAUCGUGACAACCUCCCAGCUUUCAAAAUGGCCCGGGUCCAUCUCAGCUCCCCUUGCAUUUGCAUACCAGGUGAAAUGUGAGAUAUGCCGUGGUCGCAGUGGGAUGCUACAAGGCCUCCACAUGCGUCAUCGGGGCGCACUGUGA